UGCGCAGUUCUAUUUUAAUGUUUGAUUCUGCUCAACCAACGUCGAUGCCAUGACAUUUUGGAUAACAUAGUUACGAAUUUACUGAUUAUUUUGUUUAAUUCGGACUGAAUCUUGUAUCAAGAUGAGUCACACGGCGGCAAAUAUGUUCCAAACUACUAGUUAUGUGGAAGACUACUUGGAUUGCAUCGAAUCCCUUCCAAAUGAUCUCCAAAGGAGCGUGUCUCAGAUCCGCGAGAUCGACAGUACAUAUCAGAGUGUUCUUAGAGAAAUCAAGCAGCUCUACGAAACACUGACCACCAAGGAUCUGGACAAUCACAACAAACGACGCACUCUGAUUCGCCUUCAUCGCUGUCUCAUCCAAAGCCAGGAGCUCGGAGAUGAGAAGCUCCAGUUUGCAUCCCAGAUAUCAGAGAUUGUGGAGAACCGGCUCCGUCAGAUGAACAUGAACCGCACCCACCUAGAGAUCACGGAGAAGCCAGAGCAUCCUCCCGACCCCCCUUCCAAGACAAAGAAGGCUGUGCCAGUUGUCGUGGAGCCUGAAGCGCCGGCGGAGAAAGCAAGCAAGCGUCUGAGGCGGAGCCGCAACAGCGACGUGGUGAAGGAGAAAGACAACCACAGGGUGCCGCAGCAGAACGACAACCCCAAGGCCAAGAAGAAGAAGCGCAACAAGACCAAGGAGCGAGACAUCUUGCCUAUAGAUCCCCCCAUCGAUCCCAACGAACCAACAUACUGUCUAUGCCAGCAAGUCUCUUACGGAGAUAUGGUCGGAUGUGACAAUAAAGACUGCCCUUAUGAAUGGUUCCAUUUUGGAUGUGUAGGACUCUCGACGAAACCCAAGGGCAAGUGGUAUUGUCCAAAGUGCUUACCAGAGGUCAAGAAAAAAUGAUCUCCAUAGACUCAUUUUUAGAGCUUAUUUUUGUUUUCAAACAUUUUAUUUAAUGUUGGCAUCUUGUACCACAUGCUACAAAACCUGUAAAUAUUGUAUAUAAUCUGCAUUGUAUAGAGACAUGAACAAGGAGCAUACUCUUGGCAACUAUUUGUAACGUGAAUUAUGGAGUGCAAAAAUUAUUCCCCCACAAGAGAUAUUACCAUAAAAUAGAAUGAAUUAAACAAUUGGCUAAACAUGAACAAACAUUUGAACAGUUAGUCUACAUAUUUUUUUCUAGUUAUAUUAAAGGGGAAGUCUACCCUCAUAUUAUGUUGGAUUUGAUAGGAGCAGAAAAGUAAGAGAAACUGGUCAGUAAAAGUUGGAGCACAAACAGAUCAAAUCAAUCAAAUACAAAUUGGCAAUUAUGUGGCAUAUCUUGCAAGCUCCCCUCCCAAUUGAAACAAAUCUAUUCCGUCACCAAUAACUAAGAAAUUGAAAGUUGAUGACGUGUUCUGUACAGGGCACAUUGGAGAGGAACUCCCGAGAUACAACACAGUGUUGCCGAUUUAUGUUACACUGAUGAAAUUAGUGUCGUGGUCGAGUGGAUAUGUCACCAGACUGUUGAUCACAAGAUCCGCUGUUUGAGUGCCGCCGCGGCAGCAAAGUCCUUUGGCAAGACAUUAAUCUACAUUUGCCACACUCGCCCCAGGUGAGGUAAAUGGGUACCUGGCAGGAAUUAAUUCCCUGAAAUGCUCGAGAGCCGUAAUGGAAGCCUUGCUAAAGGCUAAAGCCGGGGUAAUAAUUUCCAAUAAUUUCCAAAGCUCUUUGGAAGCGCAUAUUAUUAUUUUCAUGAUAUCGUCAAAAAUAUAUGUAAUUUUCCAAUUUUUAAUCAGAUAUUUUUCACACUUUCUCCAAGUUCUUUUUCUCAAUCUGCUUUUAUUGAAACAAAAUCAUUAUCAGGAUGGACUUCCCCUGUUAAGGCUUUUGCAUUUAUUUAUUCAUCGUGAAUAAUUGUAGACACUUUCAACUUAAGCAUACAUGUACCAACCAUGUUGUUAUUCAUCCAUUUAUAUGGUGUGUGAAGAUACAAGUUAGGCAAUGGCUUUGCCACCAAUUUUUUAGUAGAGGUUUCUAUUAUCUUUCAAGAAGACACACCGAAACACCACUUUUCUUUUUAUCACUAAUGAAAGCUUAUAAAAUAGGCAGGAUAUUAUUAUAAAAUCUUACUAACACAUAAACAACAGACUUGGACCACACCUCCUUCCUUAAAUAAAUCUUUAUUUGAUUGUUUCUUUUAAUUAUUUAUUAAGUUUGACCUAAAAUUUUAUGUUGAUGGCUGUCACGUAUUUCCGUUUUCAUCCUAAAAGCAGAAAACCAGAAGAGGCUAUUGAAGGUUAAAAGUCAUAACGGUAAAGAUCUCAUUUUUUGGUGCAAAUUUGUAUUCUCUACAACUCCAUUCACUUUAUAGUUUGUAAUCAAACAAAAUACAUGUACACAUGUAUUGUCAUUUCUCAUUUUGUAUGGAGAAAAAAUUCAUAUUUUAUUGGAGGUGCUGUUCAUGUAAUCAAAUGGAAAACCAUAAGCAGAAAAUCAUCUGUAUUAUUAUAAUUAUUAUAAUUGUUACUAUUCUUACUAGUAUUAUUGUUAUCAUUAUUAUUAUUCAUUUCUUUAUUUCAAUUCA